AUGCCUUUUCUCUUCAAUUACACCAAUCCUGCAACCAAUUCUCUCUCAGCCUACUACAAAAGCGCCCAAGGCGUUGACGAGCGCUCGUCCGACCACGAGUGCGCCCGUGACACGCCAAGUGACCGGCCGGAUGAGUCUGAAGACGAAGGGGCGGCAGACAAUGUAUGGCUGGGUGAAUCUAGUCAAUUGUGUGAAAACUCGUUCCUCUUUGGGAAUUGCGACGAGCAGUGGUGGGACGAGAUCAUUUUCACGCGAAAUUCACUUCGUCACGCUCACACUUUGGACCACAACCACCUUCAAUCGAGAAUGACACGAGUCUCUCUCGAUCUCACGACUAUUUAUCGAUCGCAAUGCCGAAAACAUGAUGGUGCACCUUUCUUCGAUGAGGAGACAUUCAAGUCUCUUUUCACCCACGACAAUGUUGCAGAGUUUACAGAGCUGUACUUCAACCGCUGGAGUCCACAUUGCCCCAUUCUGCAUCGUCAAACCUUUGAUCUGACCAACCUCCAUCCUCCGCUGCUGUUGGCGGUCUUUUUGAUCGGAGAGUCAUACUCGCACGAGGUUUCCCUGGCUCAAGCUUACUAUGACAUCGCCGAAGCAUACACGUUCAAUCACCCAAAAUUCAGAGAGCUUUUGGAAGACGAGUCGCCCUCCUCAUUAGCUUCUUCUCAUUCACUGGAGCCACUUCAAGCCGCAUACUUGAUGGUACUACUGCAAAUGUGUGGCAAAAACAUUAAAUCUCGACGACGAGUGAGGAAUGUACGAUACAAUGAGGUGAUUCAGGCGGCUCGGGCACUGAAUUUGUUCGACAGUAAGAAUGAAUAUCUCGAUCGCGAACAAACUAAUUGUGUUGAAUUCGACUGGCGUGGGUUUGUGGUGAAGGAGUCGAAAAUCAGGCUCGCAUACCUUAUUUUUGGAAUCGAAUGCAACUUUGCCAUGUUUCACGCGCACUAUCCGAGACUGGCGGUCUCCGAAAUGACAGGGAAUCCCAUGUGCAGCGAAAUAUGCUUUUCCGCCACCUCGAGUGGUGCAUGCGAGCAGUACGCGAAGCAGGAAAUGAGGUCUGGUACGGAUUCUCUCUACACUAGUCUAUCUCAACUCUUGGAGAGCCGAAAGGAUCUUGCAGGACAGGCGAGCCUGGUUCACCUCUCGCCGAUGAACUUCUUCUUCGUUCUCUGCGGCCUCCAUUGUGCCAUUCAUGCGUCGCGCGCGAACGGUACUGGAAAGAUCAUGUAUCCCGCAUUUCAGCAGGCCCUGGGCCGCUGGACCAGAAUAUGGGAUUUGCAAGUAAGCAACCUGCCGGUUGAAGAAUGGAAGAAGCUUGGUUUUAUGAGGGAUGCUGGUCCGGAAUUCUGCCAGCUUGCAUACAUCUUCCUGGAGGCGGAGGCCCGUGGCCUAUUCAAAACCGAGAAGUUGCGUAGCAUGGAUACCGAGAAUAUGGGUUACGUCAAUUACCUUUUAGAAGCGUUCUCUCAGACCGAUUGA